CCCGCCCCCGUCGUCCGCAGCACGAAGUGCCCGCAGCACGUUCACGUGCACUUCUUCCUUGGCGGUCCCACAUCAUGCGAUCCGUGUCCCUGCACUGUCCCACGUCAGAGACGCAGUGGGCGCUAUAAAGUCCUGCGGCCGGGAAGCUCUGCCUGACUUCCCUCCUCGCCGGGUUCCAGAGCCCUUGUUCCCUGCGCUCAGAAGCUCUGGGCUCUCCUUGCCUGUGUUACGGUUUUCGGUACCUCAGCCGGCCUGUCCACUGCAGGGGACACGCUCCCUAGGGUGUCGCCACCUCCGUCCACGCGUUAAACGGCUGGAGCCAGCGAAGUCCCCACCUCGGCGCGUCUACCUCAAGGUCUCAGCCCCGGGCUGGGGGAGACGAAGAAUGCCGCUCGGUGGUCUCCAGCAAAGAAAGGGUUAAUCCGCCCACUCCCCACCCCCCAAAAAGGAGCGGGGAAGAGUCCGGCAGAAGGUCCUGUUUACCGGAGCUGCCCGAGUCCGCGCGGCCCUCGGAGAGGCGUUGCCGUGGCGACCGGCCCGGCGCCCGCCAGCUGCGGAUGAGCUCAUUGGAGCGGCGGACGGGGGGCGACGGGCGGGGGACGGCGGGCGCGCGGCCCGCGCAGAGCCGCCGCGCCGGCGGGGAGAGGACGAGGCUGCGGGCCGAGCCCGCCUUCCGCUCGCCCACGGCCGCGGCGGGGCGGUGGGGACGCGAGCGCAGGGAGCGCGGCUCUCCCGGAGAGGCCCGGCUGACACCCGCGCGGAGGGCUGCGGGCCAUGGCGCCCCCGGCCCCCGCCGCCUGCAGCCCCCGCCCGCCCGGGCGCCCCCGAGCUGCGCCUCGGAGCCCGCGGAGCCGCAGCCCGCCUGGAGGCGACUUGGACCUCCUCCUCAUGCUGACACGAUGACCGUGUGCGGGCCGGCCAAGGGCAGCCACAGCCAGACUGAGAACCUGAGCUACAGACUGGCUGACAGGGUCAAGGUGGAGGGCCCAGAGGCUGGGGAAGACCGUCGAAGGCAGCCUUUUAGGCCCUCCACUCCUCUCCUAGAGACCGAUCGGGACUCACGCCUCCGACGGAGCCCUCUGGAGAGCCUCAACAACCUGAUGCUGAAGUCAGGAGUCGACGGCUUUCAGCAGAACAUGUUCAACUCACAUAUGAUCAUUAGCGACCCAGCUUCAGGUCUCGGUGCUAAAGAAGCCAGCAGGGCUGGCAGGAGGCCGCUCGGCGGUGCUCAGGACCCCUGCCCUCCUGCCCAAGGUGGGGCCGGGCACAAGUCCUUCAGCAUAAAGGACAAGAUAUCAGAAUGGGAAGGGAAAAAGGAGUUGCCCGCCCCUGCAUCUGGCAGGAAAGCAGAUGGGCAAGAGGAUUACCGGGCGUCCUGCGUGAUGGAGAGGAGACGUGGUGAAGGUGUGGGGACUCGGGUCGCAGUGGCUCAGAAUGGAACGAGGCUGGAAGGAGAGAGCAAAGAGAUCGGGAGGAAGGAAGGGGCCGUGGAAGUCAGGGGACAAGACACAGGGCAGAGGCCAGACCGAAGCCAGCCAGCCGGGUCACCGGCUCCGAGCUCAGGCAGAGGCCGAGAGCUGAGGCUGGGCAAGCAGUGCUUUCAGAAUGCCAGCCUCUCUGUGCUGAAGCAGGUCAAGAAACUCGAGCAGGCUCUGAAGGAUGGGUUGGCAGGGUUGGAUCCCCAGUUACCAGGGACUUGUUAUUCACCGCACUGCCUGCCCGACAAGACCAUGGAGGCACCCACCGCAACCAGAAGCUAUGGGAGUGGGAGCAGCUCAGAAUUCAAGUCCCACCACUUGGACCUGGAAGCCAGGCAGCCCGCCCCCGAGACUGCGGAGGGAAGGGGAAGCUCGUGCAGAAAGCCCUGGGACCAGAGCGUGGAGAGUGUGUACAGGGGCUUCCCUCAAAAACCCUUCAUCAACCCUCUGCCCAAACCUCGGAGAACGUUCAAACAUGAUGGAGAAGGGGACAAGGAGGGGAACCCAGGCACCAGCUUCAGGAAAGAUGGCAGGAACCUGCCUCCUCUGCCCACUCUCCCUCCCCCGCCUCUGCCCGCCUCCCCGCCGCCCCCGCCCUCCUCCCCGCCGCCUCCCGCUGUGAACCGAAGACUGUGGAAUGGGGGACCAAAGCCCAGUGCCGACCACAGGAAGUCCUAUGAGUUCGAAGACCUACCGCAGUCUCCCCUGGAGAACAUCAGGGUCGACUGGUACGCACAGACACAGCUGGGGCUCACGCGCACUUUGUCAGAGGAGAACGUCUACGAAGACAUUCUAGAUCCACCGAUGAAGGAAAACCCUUAUGAGGAUGUUGAAUUGCACGGUCGCUGCCUGGGAAAGAAGUGUGUCUUGAAUUUUCCUGCUUCUCCCACCUCUUCCAUCUCUGACACGUCCACCAAGCAGUUAUUGUCCAAACCUGCCUUUUUCCGGCAAAAUUCAGAGAGGAGGAACUUCAAACUGCUGGACACUAGGAAGCUGAAUCGGGAUGGAAUGGGGUCCCCUUCCAAACUCAGCCCCCCCUCCACCCCCAGCAGCCCCGAUGACACUUUCUUUAAUCUUGGAGACCCACCGAAUGGCAGGAAGAAGAGAAAGAUCCCCAAGCUGGUGGUGCGCAUCAACGCCAUCUACGAGGCUCGGAGGGGGAAGAAGCGGGUGAAGAGGCUGUCCCAGUCCACGGAGAGCAGCUCGGGGAAAGUGACAGAUGAGAACAGCGAGUCUGACAGUGACACGGAGGAGAAGCUGAAAGCUCACAGCCAGCGCCUGGUCAAUGUGAAGUCCCGCCUGAAGCAGGCGCCGAGAUACCCACCGCUGGACCGGGAGCUUGUGGAGUACCAGGAGAGGCAGCUCUUCGAGUACUUCGUGGUGGUGUCAUUGCACAAGAAGCAGGCCGGGGCCGCCUACGUGCCGGAGGUCACCCAGCAGUUCCCUCUGAAGUUGGAAAGGUCUUUCAAGUUCGUGAGAGAGGCUGAGGACCAGCUGAAGGCCAUCCCCCAGUUCUGUUUCCCCGAUGCCAAGGACUGGACUCCUGUGGAGCAGUUUACCAGUGAGACGUUCUCAUUUGUCCUAACGGGAGAAGAUGGGGCCAGACGGUUUGGUUACUGCCGAAGACUGCUGCCUGGAGGCAAAGGGAAGCGUCUCCCCGAAGUUUACUGCAUCGUGAGCCGCCUGGGAUGCUUCAGCCUCUUUUCAAAGAUCCUGGACGAGGUGGAGAAACGCCGACGCGUCUCUCCUGCGCUGGUGCAGCCCCUCAUGAGGAGCGUCAUGGAAGCCCCUUUCCCAGCCCUGGGCAAAACGAUCAUCGUCAAGAACUUCCUGCCAGGAACAGGAACAGAGGUGAUUGAGUUGUGCCGCCCGCUGGACUCCCGGCUCGAACACGUGGACUUUGAGUGUCUCUUCUCUUCUCUCAGCGUCCGCCACCUGCUCUGCGUUUUUGCCUCUCUGCUUCUGGAAAGGAGGGUUAUCUUCAUCGCAGACAAGCUCAGCACGCUGUCCAAGUGCUGCCACGCGAUGGUGGCCAUCACCUACCCCUUCACCUGGCAGCACACCUACAUCCCCGUGCUCCCGCCCGCCAUGGUCGACAUCGUGUGCUCGCCAACACCCUUCCUCAUCGGGCUGCUCACCAGCUCGCUGCCGCUGCUCAGGGAGCUGCCGCUGGAAGAGGUCCUUGUGGUUGACCUCGUCAACGAUCGCUUCCUCAGACAGAUGGAUGACGAGGACUCCAUUCUGCCCCGGAAGCUGCAGGUAGCCCUGGAGCACGUUCUGGACCAGAGGAAUGAGCUGGCCAGUGACCCGGAUGAAGGGCCCCUUGAUUGCAAGCGUGGCCCUGAGUCCAGCCCCUUGAACGAGGUGGUGUCUGAAGCCUUCGUCCGCUUCUUCGUGGAGACCGUGGGCCACUACUCCUUGUUCCUGACGGCGGGCGAGCGCGAGGAGAGGGCCCUGCAGCGCGAGGCCUUCCGCAAGGCCGUGUCCUCCAAGAGCCUGCGCCGCUUCCUGGAGGUUUUCAUGGAGACCCAGAUGUUCCGGGGCUUCAUCCAGGAGCGGGAGCUGCGGCGGCAGGACGCCAAAGCAGGUCUGUUUGAGGUCCGAGCCCAGGAGUACCUGGAAACACUCCCCAGUGGAGAACACAGUGGUGUCAACAAGUUCCUGAAGGGACUAGGCAAUAAAAUGAAGUUUCUCCACAAGAAAUAACCCUCAGCCCAGACAUGAAGGAAAACUUCCUCCGAGAGCAUCCACAUGUUUUAAAAACAGUCCUGGUGGCCUUUCGGAAACCUUGGGUCCUCAGUUGUCCCAGGUGUGCUGGGUAAGGGCCAGGGUGGAUUCCGGCCGCUGCUGAGCGGGCCGGGCCCCAGCCCCAGGGUGCCAGGUGGUGGGGCCCUUGAGCGUGGCUCCGAAAAGGGGACUGAGACCGAGCGCGCCUCCGCACUCAGAUGGGUUGUUUCAGUCGUUGGGUUUGGGAUUUUUUUUUUAAUAUUAGAUAUUAAGUGAAAGAAAUACGUUCGGGGUUUUUUUUUUUUGUUUUGUUUUUGUUUUUUUGGAUGCCAGAGCUAAGAAAACUAUCCUUCCCUGUGUGAUCUUUCCCUGGCUCAUCCUGCCCGUCAGCCUACCUCUGGGCCAAACUGGGGACAGAUGAGGUGUCAGGGCGAGGGGUCUGGGGACCCUUACAGGCCCUAGACCCUCAGGUCCCAGAGCAGAGAGCCCUGUGGGGAAAGGAUGGCCCUUCUGUGCAGGAGUCGGAUCAGGGCUCCAAGGAUUUUGGCCUCCAGGAUGAGCUGCGCUGUCACAGUGGCCAGUGCUGCCACCUGCUGGCGGAGGCCAUUGUUGCGCCACCAACUCCUCCCUACCGACCUGACUUCUUGAGCGGCUUCUUUUCUCUUAGAAGCCGCGCCCCGUGCACUGCCCUAGCCACCCGUGACUUUUGAGGCACACACAAAAAGAGGAAGUCGUAAGGCCUGUUAAUAAGGUGUUCUUAGGGUCCCAAAGUUUAUGUGCAUAAAGUAUCGUAGAGCCACCUCUGACCCUAUUCCCACCCUGUGUGAAAUGUGCCCAUCUUGUUUUGGGGCCAAUCAGCAGAAAUGAGAUGGUAUGUGGAUUAACGGAGGGGCCUUUGUGAUCCGUGUAAGCGAGAGAGCAUCAGAAUCUGGGGACCGCUUCACUAGAUGUGCAGCUUGCCUUCCUGCCAGGGACCCCUCGGGGUGGCAGGGGGAGACUGUGGGUGGCACAGGCCACCGGGCCACCACCGCAGCCCACCCGCCUCGAGGACCCUCUCUCCAAGCCAUACCCAGACUCGGUGUCUGGGGGGAGGGUGCGUCGCUCUCAUCAGCUUCACAAAGGAGCCCAAGGAACUGCCUGGGUGGGUGUGUGUGGGUGUGGUCAGGGGUUUGGGGGGAAGGGGGGUGGGGUCUCUGAGUGUGGGGGCUCAGAAAUCUGUACCUGACAAGCUCCUCAGAUUAGUUAAUUUUAUUAAUAUGGAUAUUCUGCCCAGAGAUGGUCACUUUUAAUAUUUUAGAAUAUACUUUCUUUUCUAACUUAUUUUAUGUUAUAUUGUUUACUUAACACCUCCAAGUGAAUAAAUAUACAUUUUAUUGAUA